AUGGGCUACUUUGGUUCGAGCUCGAAUCACGCACUUUUCCGGUCAAUAACCGCAGAGAUUAUAAACUGUGGCUACAACCAUGCGCAGCAUUCCUUCGAGCCUUUCGGCCGAUGCCAGGGACCUAUCUCUAGGACCCAUGUCCCCGGUCAAAUCUCUACAGAUCUGACAUCCACUGAAACGGGAUACCCGGAGCGCCGUGUUGCCCUUGAGCUGAUCUCCCGUUUCUCGGACUCCGUGGGCGCAGUUCUUCCCUUCGCUACUGAAUCUGCGCUCGUCAUAGAGAUAUGCAAGAUAGGUGCAGACUCAGAUUUGGCCUCUGGAACUCAGGCAUUGCUCGAUAUUGUGUUUGCUCAUGCGUUGGUUUCGACGGACGAGAAUGCAGCAAAUGCGUUCUACCUCAGGGCUUUUCGUAUAGUCGAAACUCAGUCACAGCACUUACCUAGCCUAGAAUCCCGUAUCUUCCGCAGAAUUUUAAGCUCAGCACUUGGUAGACCGAGUUUAAUACCAUCCCAUCACGUUAAAACAGAUGUGUCAAGAUAUCUUGAUUCUGAUCGGAAGACCGAACAACCAAUCCCUAUGUCUCUCAAGGAAAGCUACUUCAGGCAUUUGACAUGUCUUCAUCAGAUCACUGGGCAGGCGAUAGACGAUAUCUAUGAUCACAACAUGGGAACGUUCGACCAGUUGAACUUUGAUGAUCUAGUAGCAAGGACAGUAGACCUCUCGAGAAAGUUGGAUCAAUGGCGCGUCAACUCAUCUCCGUUCGAAAUCCGCCAGCACGAUCUCAAAUCUUCAAUCCCAUUAGCAGGAACGUCGAGGGCAGAAGGGUUCGAAAACCUGCUUUCCAUCCACUACUACCGAACGGUGUUGUUAGCCAACGGACAGCUCCUUCUGCGGAUAUUGCAAGAGAAGACUUCGAUCCGUCUUGAAGACCUGGAUAUUUCCCAUCAGAUUGCGAUACCUCCCCUGCAACGUGAUUAUGCGGCAGCCAAGGAGCUUUCGUGGCUACUUUCAAGUAUUUCCACCUCUGAUUCUGGAUUUUUGGAAUCCAAUGCUACCUGGUGGGUUUGUAACUAUGGUGUGCUCACUCUCUGUCUUCACCUCAUGGGAGUAUGGAUACUUUCGCUCAGCAAUCCCGCAUAUUUCGGACUACUGAAAAUAAAUCCGUCGGAAGUGCAGACUCUGCUCAAAGAAGCAGUUGAUACAUUGAAAGUGAUUGGGGGAGAAAGCCUCAUGAGCCGCAAAGCCCACCAUUGCAUACGGCAGUAUAUUGAGUUCCUGGCCUCUGUCGAACAAAGGAUGGAAACAAACGGCCUUGCAGAGGUGGACCAAGCGGUGCUGUGGGCGGCGCAGACUAAUAUGGCUGUAGACAAUGAACCCAACCUGGGGGACUUUUUCCAUUCGCUGGACUCGGAGGAUGCUCUGCUGGGUGCAGAAUACAAGCAGUCACAAUCACAAUCAGGAGGUGGUGGUGGCUAUGGCGAACCCAAGUCUGAGGAACCAUCUUUGUUGAAAAAGAUGCUGGAGUCGGCAGCAACUACGUUUGCCUCCAUCGUGGUUCUCGCUCUCGGGUUCGCAGGCGCUGCUUACAUCUAUCACAGGAGCUACAAGUGGCUGGUUCUCCGAAAGAUGACACGGGCAUUCGAGCCUGGCGACCCAGUGUUGGAGAUGGCCGCCAUUGGCAAAGAUGUCCCACACAAGAAAGGGGGAGAAACAGACUACUGGGUAUUGCGUCCGGAGCAAGACCGUGUCAACAGGAUCGUCAGUGGGGAAGAAAAGGGGCACUAUUUUCUGCUCGUGGGGGAGAAGGGCACUGGAAAGAGCAGCAUGCUCAUUGAGGCAAUGCGACAGAUCGAUGGCGAUGCUGUUUCCAUGUUUGAGGCGCACCCGGAUACUGAGAUCUUCCGACAACGGCUGGGAAAGGCCCUGGAUUAUGAGUUCCAUGAGGAUUAUAUUGGAGGCUAUUUCAGUGAGCGGGGGCCUCGCGAGUCCACCGCGCUUCUUGACAUCGAACGGGCACUGAACAAGCUGGAAAAGGUGGCCAUGAAGAUGAGAUCCGAGCGUGGCAAACCGCUUAUUGUCAUUGUGAACCAGAUGCACUUGCUCCGAAAUGUUGAGGAAGGCCGUGACCUGAUUGAGCUUCUCCAGCAACGCGCCGAACAGUGGGCAGCGGCUGAUCUCGUUACCAUGAUUUUCAACUCCGAUGAUUACUGGGUUUACGAACGUUUGAAGCAGCUGGCAACUCGAAUGGAGGUUAUUCCGGUACAUGAUUUACCCAAGAAGCAGGCGGUAGAAGCCUUGAAGAACUACCGUCUACGUUACCGUGGAGAGAACCUUUCUGAGAGCAUGCUUGAACAGAUUUACUCAAAGGUUGGUGGAAGAGUCAGCUUUUUGAAUAGGGUUGCCAAAAGUGAGGAUAUGCUUGCCAAGUGUGAGUCUAUCAAGAAUACGGAGAAGAGGUGGUUCCUAAACCAAUGCUGGAUUCUCGGAUCCGAGAUGGAUGACGACGUGAUGGACCAGCAGAAGUGGGCAGCUGCUGCUAUGACCUUGGCCCUGGCCUUGGUAGAUAAGGAAAAGGAGAUGGACCAGACUUACAACCCAGAGGAGGGUCAUAUCCUGCCAUCCUACCCGUUCCAUAUGGCGCAGCAAAUCAUGACCCGAUGUGACUUUAUUCGCGAGCUGGAUAGCCUGAAUCUCCUGACAAUUACUCAUCAUGCCGAUGUCAGAGCUAGUAGCGUCCCCAUGCAGCAUGCGUUCCAAGAAAUCUGCUCCCAACCGGACUUCCGAGAGUUCUUGGAGGCAACGAUGACCAGGAUCGCCGACAUUGAGAGCUUGGGUCGAACCCGAGAACUGGUUGCCAAGGAUCUCGUUCUUGGUGGCCAAUAUGAGAUCGAACACAACCGCAAGUCGGUUACUGUCAAGUUGGUCCAAAAGGAGGAGGAGGACUAA